AUGCGUUCUGACUUUUAUUCGCAACAGAACGCCGCCAGUCAAAGUUCCAAGCACCCUGCGCCGUUACCGCCUCAGCCCACCACCGUCGCAGCGAACGUGGGCAAGUGUUCGCCGCCGAAGCCCUGGCUGACCAUAUCGAAAGUGACCACAGGUCUCGUCAUCUCGUGGGACAUGAACAUGAAGUCGGGCACGUACGCCGACAUCGCCUCCUACCAGCUGUUCGCCUACCAGGAGGGCGCGUCGCCGCCGAGCACGUCGCUGUGGAAGAAGAUCUCGGACGUGAAGGCGCUGCCGCUGCCGAUGGCGUGCACGCUGACGCAGUUCUCCGACAACAACACGUACCACUUCUCGGUGCGCGCCGUCGACGUGUACAGCCGCGCGGGGCCCUACAGUAGCCCUCGCUCUGUGCUGUAUGUGUGAGUGGCGAUGGUGGUGCUGCUGCUGCUGCUGCUGCUGCUGCUGCUGCUGUGUGGUGG